GGUUGAGCCCCCCCACUGCAGCCAUGUCGGACCAGCCCCCGGUGGACACCGCCACGGCCACCGAGCAGGCCAAGCUGCUGGUGAAGUCUGGCGCCAUCAGCGCCAUCAAGGCCGAGACCAAGAACUCGGGCUUCAAACGCUCCCGAACGCUGGAGGGGAAGCUGAAGGACCCUGAGAAGGGCCCAGCCCCCACCUUCCAGCCCUUCCAGCGCAGCGUUUCGGCUGACGAUGACACCCCUGAGUCACGGCGACCCCAGAGAAAAUCACUCUAUGAGAGCUUUGUCAGUGCCAGUGAGCGGCUGCGGGAGCCCGAAGCCGGGGGGGGACGUGGGGACCCCCCUGAGCGGGGAGAGCGUGACCGCCGCUUGGACUGGGAACAGGAGCCGGAGCCUGAGGCGGGGGGCCGUGAGCGCGAGGCGGCUUUCAGGCGUUCCGACUCGUUCCCUGAGCGCCCCUCCCCGCGGAAGGGCAACACGCUGUACGUGCACGGAGCGGAGCUGAGCCCCGAGCUGCUGCGCAGCGCCUUCGCGCCCUUCGGAGCCAUCAUCGACCUCUCGCUGGACAGCCCGCGCAACUGCGCCUUUGUCACCUACGAGAAGAUGGAAUCGGCUGACCAGGCCAUGGCCGAGCUGAACGGUGCCGUGGUGCAGGACGUGCAGCUCCGCGUCAGCAUCGCCCGCAAACAGCCGCUGCUGGAUGCUGCCACCGGGAAGUCGCUGUGGGGGAUCCCUGGCGGUGAAGAACAGUGCGAAGGGCUCACACCGCGACAAGCGGGCGCAGGUGGUGUACAAUGAGGACCUCUUCGGGGGGCAAUAAAGGUUUACUGCACGCA